CUUUUAAUUUUAAAAAUGAGUAAUGAAAUUUCUGGAAAUCAAGGAGAAAUUAAAAGCUCAAUCGACGGAAAUCAGGAUGACUCUUUAGAAUCAUCCAAUCAGCAACAAUUAAUGGUAGAACAACAAACAAAUCAACACCAAAUUGAUGGAGUUUCUUUUUCAUUGUCUACUUUACAGGCAUUAAUGCCUGGAUCUGCUGGAAUGCUUUCAAUUCCCUCUAUUCAACAGGCAUGUUUAUUUAAUUAUUAG